GCCCACGCUGCUCCUGGAAACGUAUCUGACUCUUUUCUUUCUUCCUGAAUGUUAUCAUGACCUCCUAUCUCUACUCUGCCCUUUUGUUUUUGCUGCCGAUAACGGCUGGAAUUUCAGAGUCCUCAAUACAGGGCAGUACCUACCACACCAGACCUGGGUAUAAAUGCUUCUGGCUCUUCAGAUGGGAGAUAAGUGUGUGCGUGAGAGUUCGCCGGAUGGACGGAAGGGGGAGGAAGAGCGGACGGUUCUGUCCCCCGGUACCUCGCCCUUCUCCUCCAAGCUGGGCGCCAUGAUGCGGAUCCGGAACAAGUACCUGGCCCUGAAGAGGCGGCGCGUGGAGCAGGGGGGGCCACAGUCCGCCGUGGCGGGGCGGCUCUCGCUGCGCUCCACCAGCCCCGAAAUCUUCACCUUCGACCUGGCGGCGGGGCCGGGGUCUGGGCCGGGGGUCGAACCCCACGCGGGCCACACCCUCCGGAGGAAGAGGAGGAGGAAGUCGCGGGUGCUCUUCCCCAGCGGCGGGCGCAGGUUCCUGCCGGCGACGGAGCGCAGCCGCGCCAAGCCCUUCCUCUUCCUGUUGAGCGUUGUGCUCUUCCUGCAGGUGUACAACGCCAUCGAGAACCUGGACGACCACUUGCUCAGGUACGACCUGGAGGGGCUGGAGAAGACGCUGAGGCGGGAGGUGUUCGGGCAGCGGGAGGCCGCCGCCGUGCUCCUGCAGCACCUGCGCGACUACCUGUCCACCUACGCCCACAACAAGCCCCUGGCCCUGUCCCUGCACGGCCCAACGGGGGUGGGCAAGAGCCUGCUGGGCCGCGUCCUGGCCCGCCACUUCCGCUCGGUGGUGGGCGAGCGGCUGGUGGUGCAGUACUUCACCACGCACCACUGCCCCCCGGUGGCAGACGCCGGCGACUGCGCCCGCGACCUGCUGGCUCGCGUGGCCACAGUGGUGGGCUGGGCCGAGGAGGAGGAGAAGAUCCCCCUGCUGGUUUUCGACGAGGUGGAGUCCAUGCCGGGCCGGCUCCUGGACGCCCUGCACGGCCUUCUCCGUCCCGAACAGGCCAACGAGUACCUGAACGCCGUCUACCUGGUCAUCAGCAGCCUCGGGGGGGCCCAGAUCACCAGUCACGUGCUGCAGAACUCCUCCUCCUCAGCGGGGCAGAGCCUGGCGCUGGACCUGGGGCCCCGCCUACGUCACGCCCUGCAGAAGCUCCACCCACUCUGGGCGGAGGUGGACCUGGUGCCGCUCACCCUGCUGCAGAAGCAGCACGUGAUGGAGUGCUUCCUGGACGAGAUGACGCAGGAGGGGUUCUACCCCGACCGGACCCACAUCGAGCGGCUGGCCGAGGAGCUGGCCUACCACUCCGUGGGGGGCCUGCAGUACUCACGCACCGGCUGCAAGCAGGUGGUGGCCAAGGUGAACCUGCUGUGACCUGCGCAGGUGUGUGUAUGUGUGUGUGUGUGUGUGUGUGUGAGAGAGAGAGAGGGUGCCUGUGUGUGUGUGUGUGUGUGUGUGUGUGAGAGAGGGUGUGUGUGUGUGUAUGUGUGUGUGUGUGUGUGUGUGUGAGAGAGGGAACCGUCUGUAACUCGAUGUGUCCCAGACUCAUUUUCUGUAACAGAAAUGUAGAACAAACGGAUGCACCUGAUUUCUAGUGAUUCGGUGGUUGAUUUUUUGAGCUUUACAAAAAAUGUUUUAGAACGCUUUUACUCCCUGGUGUCCCCCCGAGUGUUCACUGGACAUGUGACGCUCUGUCAGGGUGCGCUGAACACGGGUUCCAGGGCUUUCUCUGCUGUUGCUAUGCACUGGGGUGUUUGCUACUAAUUGUUGCCAUGUGCUAAUUUUGAUUGACAGCUUAUAGCCAGUUAAUUGAACGCCUGUGAUGAAGUGAUUCAUAUAAAGGGUGCGGCCUGGUAUUUUCAGAAUUCCUCAAGCUUUCGAAUACACAGUAUCCAAAGCUUAUAUAUAAACCAGAUUCCACAGUCUGCUCGUUCUGAAAACAGCUUGGAAUCCCAGACAGCCUUAAGACACGUUUUAUCAGUCUGAGCGUGUCACGCAAAUCGAACUUUCCAAUGACUUCAGACGGCACGAACUCGUUGGGGUGUAAACCUUCAUCGUCUAAUUAAAGAAGAAAGAACAGGAGCCAAGAAAAGAAGCCUCUUCAGUCUCUCAAACAAAAUCCAAAUAAGAUUUUAAUUAAUGUGCUGUGCCAUGACUAAUGGAACUAUCUUCUGGAAACAGGAGUUUGUUUGUAUGUUUUGUAAAGCAAAGUUUGCGUUCAAGUUUAGAAAUUUGAAAUUUGAUAUGUGACACAUAUUUUGCCAUUGCAGGUGUGUCUAUGUUGUGAGUAUAUUGUCAUGUUGUGUAUUUAUGUUUUUAUUUAUACUAUGCUAUGACUACUUCAAUAUUUGCCCCAGGGAAUAAAGUUUAAAAUUUUGAAUUGUG